GCUUUAUUCAGCCCCUUUCUAACAGGAGAUCCCUCUGGUGAAGACCAGCGUAGACAGGACUUAGCAACGGCUGCGAGAUCAUUACCAGAUACAAUUAGGACCGAGAUUUUCCUCCUCACACACACCUGCAGCACCAGUUCAUAUUCCCAGCUUAGAACCACCGUGUAGCAACCAUGUCUGUAGCGGGGCUGAAGAAGCAAUUCCACAAAGCCACUCAGAAAGUGAGCGAGAAAGUUGGAGGUGCAGAAGGAACGAAGCUCGAUGAGGACUUCACUGAGAUGGAAAAGAGGAUGGACACCACCGCUCGGGCGGUGCUGGACAUCAUGACCAAGACUACUGAGUAUCUGCAGCCAAACCCAGCCACCAGAGCCAAGAUGAGCAUGAUGAACUCCAUGUCACGUAUGCGGGGACAGGAGAAGGGACCGGGCUACACACAGACCGAGACCAUCCUGGGAGAGUCCAUGCAGAGGUUUGGCAGGGAGCUCGGAGAGGAGUCUAACUUCGGCCUUGCUCUGAUUGAUGCUGGGGAGGCCAUGCGUGAGCUUGGUGAGGUUAAGGACGCCCUGGACAUGGAGGUCAAGCAAAACUUCAUCGAUCCACUGCAGAACCUGCAUGAAAAAGAUCUGAAGGAGAUCCAGCAUCACCUGAAGAAAAUGGAGGGUCGCCGCCUGGACUUUGAUUAUAAGAAGAAACGUCAGGCCAAAGUGACAGAGGACGAGCUCAAACAAGCAUUAGAGAAAUUCGACGACUCCAAGGAGAUUGCUGAACUGAGCAUGUUCAACCUCUUGGAGAGUGAUAUUGAACAGGUGAGCCAGCUCGCUGCACUGGUGCAUGCUCAGGUGGAGUACCACAGUCGGGCUGCUGAGAUCCUCACACAGCUGUCCAGUAAGAUUGACGAACGGAUAAGGGACACUACUGUCAAACCAAGGAAAGAGUUCGCUCCUAAACCACGCACGUCUCUGGACUUCUCCAUCAGUGAGAACCACAAUGGAGGCAUCCACAGUGCUCGCUCUCCAGGGGCGAGGUCUCCAGCAAGGUCUCCAGCAAGAUCUCCAGCCCCUAUGGACCAGCCCUGCUGUCGUGCCCUCUACGAUUUUGACCCUGAGAAUGAAGGUGAGCUAGGCUUCAAGGAAGGCGAUAUUAUCACCCUGACCAAUAAGAUCGAUGACAACUGGUACGAGGGGAUGCUGCACGGCAACUCUGGCUUCUUCCCAAUCAACUAUGUGGAUAUCCUGGUGCCACUGCCCCACUAGGACGUCAUCCCUACCAGCGUGUGUCUACAACGGUGGCAAAACAAAUCCUCGCCUCCAAUUCCUCCCUCCCAGUAUUCCCAGUAACCUUUUUCCUAAACAUUCCUACCUGUACUCCACUUUAAAGGAGUAAAAACAGCAACAACACAAUAACGAACGAAGAUACGAACAAAGAUUGAUGACAAAUUAAAGCAAGUAUGCACCAAUUGAGCGUAAAAACUUUAAAUGAGGAAAAAUCUGCAUUGAUGUCGUUGCUUCCCCUUAUCCCAGGAGGCACCUUCAGGCUUCUAUAGUCAUUUUAUCCAUUUCUGUCCUGGCUUUGUCUCAGUUUAUGUUGGCUGUCAGUCCGUCAUGAGUUUAUCAGAGCAGCUUUACAAAAUCACACUUUCUCUCAUUCACUGUACUUUGUGGAAACCUCUACAGUAGAUAGAAACCUUUCUCUCACAUACUAGAAAAAAAUAAUCGGUCCACGUGCUCCAUGUUUGUUAGAGACUCUAGGUCAAGCAUGGUUUCAAGUGUUUAACGUUUUAUCUUAUAAAAAAAAAAAAAAAAAUGUCAAGCAGAUUUUGUUUUGUUUUACAUAUUCCUCUGUGUAAUGGUAGUCGUCUCUUGGCAUGCUCGGGCAGUUUCUAGAGAAACCACGUCCCUGUCAUGCUCAAAAAUCGUCUGUCCAAAGGAUGUCUUUACCUUUUAACUAUUCAGAGUUUUGACAAAAGUUUAGACAGAUUCAUCUAGCUCAUAACUAACAACCAAGAUUAUCCAUAGUAUCUCUUAUUUCUUACAUAUCAACAUGUGCGUGUGAUUGGUCGUAUGUGAUUUAGGUACCAAAGUUACCUGCAGAAACCCGAAUCAGCUCCAGUUUUAGCUUCAAGAUUUAAAGACAGCAUGGUGUCAGUAAAUCUGCUCGAUGCAACCGGGUGAAGCUUGCAAUCUCUAGUUCUUUGGUAUUCUCAUCAGGAGGGGGUGAAACUGUAUUCUUAAGUAUGUGACAUUACAUAUCUGAGCCAGUGAUUAGUGGAGUGAUGACAUGAUUUGCAAAAACACAAGUUGUGAAGUUAAACUGUUUGAAGUGACGUAAGAAAACUAUGGUGCAUAAGUUUCAAUCCUCCAACGUGUAUUUUAAUCAGCAGCUUGUGUGAAAAAUGGUUGAUGUAUUGUGAUAUAAUAACUUAUGGGACUUAAACACUCAUUGGGGCAACUGUUUUUUCUGCAGCUGAGGGCAUAGCCCUUUCUACUGCAUCCCUAUUAGUCCGAUUAGUAUUCUGUAGUUUAGCUGUCUAUAAGCCAUUGAUUAAGAUGAAAUUAGACAUAGCCAAGGAGCGCACAAAUGGCUGAAUGGAAUGAGAAAUUGUUUCUUUUUGUCUCGGUGGAAAUGUUUUAUUAAUUGAAAUGAUGCAACUUACACUAAAAACCCUUUUCUCCAACAUAAUAUGGACUAAAAGCCGCUGGUUUACCCUUUUCAAGUCACGUUAGACCUCAGAAUAAUUGCUCGGUUCUAAGAUUAUACAUUAUGUUUAAUUUUCCCCAACCAGCUUUAUGGUUGUAUGCAGUAUUGUGUGGGAUUUUUUUGUCCCUUCUUUAACUGAUGUACUGAUGAUCUAGAAACCAACCUCUUAUUACAGUACACAUAUGUUAGUCAGCUGAGCACUUCCCUGGAGUUUUAUUCUCUGCAAUGUCGACAAUGUAUUAACCCUUACAAUACCUAACAAUUUUUUUCACCCAUCAUGUAGUAAUGUUGCGCGUGUAUUUUGGGGGAGGGGUGCUUAUUUUGGUCUGCAUACUGUACGUAUUAUGCACAGGGAUUGGGUUGCAGAGGACCUCUGAUGCUGAGGUAUUUAAGAUAUACUGUCUCUGACAGUUUUCAACAUUAAAACAAACAUGGAGGUCUCUUUAAUCAAAGGACCAAUUCAUUAUAUUCAGCAGAAUUACAAUAAAUGAUGCAAAAUCCACUGAUAUCUCAUAUUAAGUGUUUGUUUUUUUUAAAGGGAAGCACAACUUUGAACAGAAAGUAUACUUUGUUGGCUGGGGAAGAAUAAUGAUACAGUUUGAAGGUCAUGUAUUUACUUUUUUUAAAGGCGAUACAAUUCCUUCCUCCUUUUUCUCUUUUCACUUUUUUUUUAACAAUCGUGUGUAUCUUUGCCCUCAAUGAGGACUGUACAGCUUUUCUGUGUUUUGUUUUCACCUUGUGUGUAUAGUCGCGCAUCUACAGUAACGUAUCUUAUUUUUGUAACUGUGACAAAAGUAUACACAUACAGUAUAGAUGUAUAUAUACAGUAUAUUAUCCAGAAGCAAUGUGAAAGGAGGGAUUCUCUGUGCUGCACAUGAUUGUCUUUUGGUUUGUUUUUGUUUUGUUUGUUUUCCGUUUUUUGGUUUCUUUUGUUCUUGCACUGGAUUCUAAGACUGUAUGCUUGAUGUAAAGAAAAAAAUGUGAUAAGUCAAUGUAAUUUAUUCAAAUAAAUACCAAGAAACAGUUA